UCCCGGAAGUGUGCGCUGUUCCAGUAGCGGAGCUGAUCGGCUGAUCGUGGUGUGUACCAGGCCUGGGUUUUUGGGAUUUGUUUUGUUUGAACUCCGGAUAAGUGAGCAUGGUCAGGAUGAGUCAGCACUUGCGCGAACUGCAGGGACCUCUGCUGCCCCCCAAGGACCUGGAGGAGGCGGAUGAUGACUAUUUAAAGGAGGAUAUAGAGGAGGAUGAAGACCCGGUGUUCGUCGAUGCCGAGGAGCUUUGCAGUGGGGGCGUAAAGGCUAGCUGCCUCCCCGGCCGCCGCUCUGUUUUAAUUUCUGAUGAAAACACUCAAGAGCAAUGCAAAGUGUUUGGACGUUUUCCACUAACAGGUCCUUGGUGGCGAGUGAAGGUACAAGUAAAGCCUGUGGGAUUAAAUAGCUAUCAUGCUCAAGGAUUUCCAUCUUACUUUUUACAGUCUGACAUGUUACCACCAAAUCAAAAACAUAUUUGUGCCCUCUUUCUUAAAGAGUGUCAUUUCUCCAUUGAUUUUAUAAAUAGCUUUUUAAAAUGGGUAAAUGAAGUAUCAAGCUAUAAAAACCUAAACUUUGAAAAUCUUAAGGAAACACUAAGAACUUUCCAAAAGGAAAGUGAAAGGAAAGGUAAAAAACCGUCUGCACAAAAGGAAGAGGAGAAGUCAUUGCCAGAUUGCAAGAUGAAUCUUACUCUGAAAAACAUAAUUCCAUUUAAAAAUGUAACUACAGCUUUGCAAUUUCCGAAAAUAAUGGAAUUUCUUCCAGUUCUUCUGCCUCGACACUUUAAACAGCUCAUAAGCUCAGAUUCUAAAGAGCUGUUGGAAGAAAUAGAAGAGAUUUUAGGUACAUGCCCAUGGAAGCUUGGAUUUUCUAAAAUAACCUACAGAGAAUUGAAACUCCUGAGAUGUGAGGCAAGUUGGAUAGCAUUUUGUCAGUGCAAGUCUCUUUUGCAGUUGAUGACCGAUUUAGAGAAGAAUGCAUUAAUAAUAUAUUCUAAGCUGAAGCAGAUAUGUAGACACCAUGGACACACUUGUGUUGAAGAAGCUGAGUUAACUUCUCAAGUGUCAGACCAUGUGUCUUUUCAAGAUGUUUGGCAGUCUCUGAAGUUUUUGAAGGAUAUUGGUGUGGUGACAUAUGAGAAGGCCUGUGUUUUUCCUUAUGACCUUUACCAUGCUGAAAGAGGCAUUGCUUCUUCAAUAAGUGACCUGAUGAAGAGACCUCCGUGGCAUUUACAUGUAGAUGUGAAAGAGGUGCUUGCAUCUAUUCACAUCACGAAAGCUAGGAAUUCAAGAAGUGAUGAUAUCCUGAAUGAAAGUAAACUUGAUGAAACAGAAUUAGAAAAUUCUGCUCAUAUUCUGGAUACACCGGACGAUGAUGAUCCUAUCAAGAAUAAUGGUGAAAAUGAAGAUAAUGCAGAAAUAAGUGAAGUUCAACUAGAUCAGGACCAGGUAGCUGCUUUGAAAAUGAUUUGUUCUAAUGCUGUGACAGUCAUAAGUGGGAAAGGUGGUUGUGGAAAGACCACAAUUGUUAGUCAUCUUUUUAAACAUUUGGAGCAGUUGGAAGAAAGAGAAGUAAAAAAAGCUUGUGAAGAUUUUGAGCAAGAUCAGGAUGUACCAGAAGAAUGGAUUACCUUUAGUGAGCGAAGCCAACCCAAGGUGGGCAAGGCUAUAGAAGUUUUACUUACAGCACCCACAGGGAAAGCGGCUGGCUUGCUGAGACAGAAAACUGGUCUUCAUGCUUUUACACUAUGUCAGGUCAAUUACAGUUACUAUUUUUGGGAGAAGAAAAUAAAAGCGAAGACAAAAAGCACACCAUGGAAAUUUUCUUCUGUUAGUGUUCUGGUUGUGGAUGAAGGGAGUUUGGUAUCUGUAGGAAUCUUCAGAUCUGUUUUAAAUUUAUUGUGUGAGCACUCCAAACUUUCUAAGCUUAUUGUUCUUGGUGAUAUUAGGCAAUUACCCAGCAUUGAACCUGGUAACUUGCUUAAAGAUCUUUUCGAGACUCUUAAAUCAAGAAAUUGUGCUAUUGAGCUAAAGACGAACCAUAGAGCAGAAUCUCAGCUAAUUGUGGACAAUGCUACCAGAAUCUCCAGACGUCAGUUUCCGCAAUUUGAUGCAGAGCUGAAUAUCUCUGAUGAUCCCAUCUCAAUUCAAGAUAAGACAUUUAUUUUUAUCAGACUACCAGAAGAGGAUGCCAUUUCUCAGUUAUCUAGAAGUAAUCAUAAUCCUUAUCUAUAUUCUGUGGUUGGAAAUUUACUCAAAGAAGAUGACCUAAAAGAUGCAAAAACAUCACAAUUCAUUGCAUUCAGAAGGCAAGACUGUGAUCUAAUCAACGACUGCUGUUGCAAACACUACACAGGCCGUUUAUUCAAAGACCAUCAGAAAAGACUUGUAUUUGGAAUCGGUGAUAAAAUUUGUUGUACCAGGAAUGCAUACCUCUCAGAGUUACUCCCAGAAAAUACCUCUAGAAGUCAGCAAAAUAAUGAAUUAGAAGCUGGUGUUAAAGAAUUUGAUGGUACUUCUCAUGAUUUUGAUAAAAAUAAGAAUGACUUUGAAAGUGAUAUUAGACUAUGCAAUGGAGAAAUAUUUUUUAUAACAAAUGAUGUAACUGAUAUAACAUUUGGAAAUAGAAGAUUUUUGACCAUUAGUAAUUUGGCUGGCUUGGAAGUAACUGUGGAUUUUGGAAAGCUAAUGCAGUGCUGUCGCAUAAAACAUGCAUGGGCAAGAACUAUUCACACGUUUCAGGGAUCUGAGGAGCACACGGUGGUCUACGUGGUUGGGAAGGCGGGCCGCCAGCACUGGCAGCACGUUUACACAGCGGUGACCAGGGGCCGCUGCCGAGUGUAUGUCAUUGCUGAAGAGGCUCAGCUCCAGAGCGCCAUCAGGAGACACAGUGUUCCCAGAAAAACACGCUUAAAACAUUUUUUGCAAAACAAGCUCUCCAUUAGCUGCGCAUCUCCAGCAGAACAUCCGUCUCCCUCAAAAAGCUCUGGAGAAAGUAGAGGACACAAUUCACAGCCAUGGGCAUCACCACUCCCUGCAGUCAUGGCUGACGCCAUGAUGAACAAUGCCACUGAAAGGCAGGCCUCUGUGGCUGAUGGUGGCAUGUCCACUUCUCCUGAAAGAUGGAGAUUAUCUUUAUUCGAAGAAGGGGAUACGGAUGAGGAGCCAUCAAAAUCGCGAGGGUUCAAAAGAACCUGUGGUGGGAAUGAUGCGGAAAGUCCAAGCAAAGUUCUUAUGGUGGAAGAAUCAUCUCCACAAGUAUCUUCCAAACUUCAGAAUUUGAGACUGAGUAAUUUGAUCCCCAGGCAACUUUUCAAACCCCCAAAUAAUCAAGAACCUUAAUUUUUAUUUCAGAUUGCUCAAAAUAAUUGUAUUUUUCUAUUCAAGACAAAAUGAAACAUCAUAGCUUCAAAGUAUUAAGAUAAAAGAGUAUGUCAAUAACUGGUGUUUUCAUUAGCAGGUAUUUUAAAUCUGUUUGAUCAAGGGAAACUGAUUUCAGCAUGUCAUCAUGAGAACUAUGGCAGCAGUGGACAUAAAUGAGGGGGAAAAGAUGUUUUAUGUUUUUUUUUAAAAACUCUAAAAAAUGUUUUAAGAUAAUGUCUUACUAAUGCCGUGAUCAUUGUGUGUUAUCUUUGCCAGUGGAUUGAAUCAAUGACAAAGAUAAGCUGUAACUGCAUCUAUUGAUUUUAUUGACAUACAUUCCAAGACGUCGAGUGUUAUGCAAAGGGGUCAUUCACAAGGCUGCUACUUAUUCCUAUCAGUGCUGACCCAGCCCAGCAGACCUGGGACUUCUUCUUGGAAAUGCCUUCCACAUUGGAAGCACAUGGUUUUGAUUAUAUUCCACUUUGUGAAAAUUGUUUUUCUCCUACAUGAUUUGAGUUUUUUUUUUAGAUUUUUAUUUAUUGUUAAACAGUAAAAGAAAAAGUUGAAGAGAAAAAAAUUUGCCUGUGACCUAAAUUGUAUUCUUUAAUAGCUUUAUUGAGACCUAAUUCACAUACCACACAAUUCACCCAUUUAAUGUGUUCAAUUCAAUGGCUUUUAGUAUAAUCAGAGUGGUGUGACUAUCACUGUGCUGGUUUGGAUGUAUUAU